AAGCCGUGCUGCAGUGUUGCUGAUUGAUGAGCUGAGCUCUCCGACUCUACUAAUCAUCUUUACAUUCCAAUAUUUCUGACAGGGUUUUACCCCCACAGUUCCAUCUGAUCCGUUGUGGGUGUAUUUGAGUUGGUUAACUGCGUUCUGCUGUAAAGCUCAAGAUAUGAGCGCUUUCCUUGUGCUGUCCUGUUUCUUACAUAUUAUAAAUAUACUGCCACAAGGACAUCAAGAAAUCCAACAAGGAUGAAUUCACACGAGAUUAACCGUGAGCAUGUAGAACCCACAGAGAUCUCCAGUACUCACCCAAUAUCAUCAGGAGUUGCAACUAUGAUGACAUCAGAUGAGAUUAAAUUUGAAGUUCUAGACCCCACAGAGAGCUCCAGUAGUCACCCCAUUUCAUGUGAAAUCAACGCUUUUGAAGGACAAGUGCAAGACCAAAUGAAUCAGUAUCCACACUGUGGGGAAAUUUUUACUGACUUAAAUAAUCUUAAAAAACACCAGCAGAUCCACACAAGAAAUAAGCCGUAUCAGUGCACAGAGUGUGGGAAGAGUUUUAACCAAAGGGGUAGUCUUCAAGACCACCAGCGCAUUCACACCGGAGAGAAGCCGUAUCAGUGUCCAGAGUGCGGCAAGAGCUUUAUUAAAAACAGUAGUCUCAAACAACACCAUCGGAUUCACACGGGACAGAAGCCAUAUCAGUGCUUACAGUGCGGGAAGAGUUUUACACAAAGGAGCAAUCUCCAACAGCAUCAGUGGACUCACAAAGAAGAAAAGCUCCAUCACUGCUCAGAGUGUGGGAAAAAUUUCAGUCAAAAGAUUAUGCUCAAAAAGCACCAGCUUGUUCACACAAAGCCGUAUCACUGUUCCUUAUGUGGCUGCAGCUUUGCUUACUUGUGUCACCUCCAGCAACACCAGCGUAUUCACACGGGAGAGAAGCCAUUUCAGUGCUCGCAGUGCGGCAAGCGUUUUACUGAACACAGUAGCCUCGUUAAACACCACCGCGUCCACACGGGAGAGAAGCCAUAUCAGUGCUCGCAAUGCGGAAAGGGUUUUACUGACAGCGGGAAUCUUGUGAAACACCAGCGCAUUCAUACAGGAGAGAAGCCGUAUCAGUGCUCGCGCUGCGGGAAGAGUUUUAACCAGCGGGGGACGCUGCAACAACACCAGCGCAUUCAUACAGGAGAGAAACCGUAUCAGUGCUCGCUGUGUGGGAAGAGUUUCACCGUAAGCAGUAACCUCGUGAAACACCAUCGCAUUCACACAGGAGAGAAGCCGUAUCAGUGCACACUGUGUGGGAAGAGUUUUACAGUGAGCAGUAACCUCGUAAAACAUCAGCGCGUUCAUACGAGAGACACCGAAUAUCAGUGUCCACUUUGUGGGAAGAGUUUCAGUAAAUUACCACACCUUAAAAAACACCAGCACGCUCAUUCCAAAGAGAAGCCUCAUCGUUGCUCAGAGUGCGGGAAGAGUUUUAGCCAAAGGUUUAUUCUUAAAAAUCACCAGCUUGUUCACACAGGUGAGAAGUCACAUCAGUGCUUAGAGUGUGGCAUGGGUUUUGCACAGAGGUACGCUCUGCAGAGACAUCAGCGUGUUCACACAGGGGAGAAGCCAUAUCAGUGCUCAGAGUGUGGCAGGAGUUUUAGCCAAAGGUGUCACUUCCGGAAGCACCAGUACAGGCACACAGGUGAAAAACCGUAUCAUUGUUCAGAAUGUGGGAAGACUUUUAACCGUAAUGACACACUCCAAAUGCACCAGCGCAUUCACACUGGUGAGAAACCGUAUUACUGCCCCGACUGUGGGAGGAGUUUUACUUGGAGUAGUGAACUUAGAAGACACCAGCGAAUUCACACAGGAGAAAGGCCGCAUCGGUGCUCAGACUGUGGGAAGAGUUUUCCUCAGAGAGGUCACCUUAUUAAACACCAGCGCGUUCACACCGGAGAGAAGCCGUUUCAGUGCUCACAGUGUGGAAAGAGUUUUUCCCAGAGGGAUAGUCUCCAGCAACACCAGUGGGUUCACACAGGAGAGAAGCCGUUUCUGUGCUCACACUGCGGGAAGGGUUUUACAGACAGUCGUGAUUUCAGAAAACACCAGAGGAUUCAUACAGGCGAGAAGCCGUAUCACUGCUCACAGUGUUGGAAGAGUUUUACUGAGAGUAGUGGUCUCAUUAGACACCAGAGAGUUCACACGGGAGAGAAGCCGUAUCAGUGCUCAAAGUGUGGCAAGAGUUUUAGUCAGCAAAGUCACUUCCGAAAACAUCAGCGAAUUCACACAGGAGAGAGACCGUAUCAGUGUACGGAGUGCGGAAAGACUUUUAAUCGACAGGACACGCUCAAAGUACACCAACGCAUUCACACUAGAGAGAAAUCCUGUUAUUGUACGGAGUGUGGGAGGAGUUUUGCUGACAGCGGUGAACUUGUAAGACACCAGUGCGUUCACACUGUAGAGAGUGAUAGGAUGCUGGCGUGUUUCCUCCACAUGCCUCUGACUAGCAUGGAGUCAAAUAAGGUUAAAUGCGAGGAUCCAGAACCCACAGAGAUCUCCAGUUCAUCUGCUGCUGUCCACAAGAACUCCCUUGAUGGAUUAUCCCAAAAAAGAAUCCACUCCUGCUUGGUGUGUGGAAAAAUGUUUAAACAAAAGAGGACUCUCAGACAACACCAGCGUAUCCACACGGGAGAGAAGCCGUAUCGCUGCUUGGAGUGCGGGAAAAGUUUCAACCGUGCCGAGACUCUAUACAUCCACCGUCGCGUUCACACUGGAGAGAAGCCGUACUCCUGCCCGGAGUGCGGGAAGAGUUUUGCUGCGCAGAAUAAUUUCCGAAAACACCAGCGAAUUCACUCUGGAGAGAAGCCGUAUCAGUGCUCGGAGUGUGAGAAGAGUUUCAACCGAGUAGACAGCCUGCGCAUACACCGGAGCAUUCACACUGGAGAGAAACCGUAUUCCUGCUCGGUGUGCGGGAAGAGCUUCCGGAACCAGAAGUGUCUGUUAAAUCACCAGCGAAUCCACACAGGAGAAAAGCCGUACCUGUGCUCGGAGUGUGGGAAGAGUUUUAACGUCAACUCCGCUCUCCACGUGCACCAGCGGGUUCACACUGGGGAGAAGCCGUAUUUCUGCUCUCAGUGCGGGAAGAGCUUUCAUACCCACUGCAAUCUCAGAAAACACCAGCGGACUCACUCGGGAGAGAAGCCGUAUCGCUGCCUUGAGUGCGGGAAGAGUUUCGGUCUGAAGUGUUCUCUGAAAACUCACCAGUUAGUUCACACAGGAGAGAAGCCGCAUUGCUGCCUUGUCUGUAAUUACCGCACUGCUUACCGCAGUAGCCUCCAGCAGCACCAGCGUAAUCACACAGGACAGAAACUGUAUCAGUGUUCACACUGUGGGAAGAGAUACAACACACUCAAGUGCUUUCAUCGACACCAGAGCAUUCACGCGGAUCAGAGUGAAGACAUGCAGCAGGUUAAGACGAAUCAAGCGCUUUACUUGCUGCUGAGGAAAGUCGGGGGAAAUGGUGCGAGCUGUCUGCACGGAUAUGGUAUAAGUAUGAGCAGCGCCCUGUAUUCUCCUUCUGUCCGCGUUCCUAUUAACUACAAACUCACCACCACACAAUUGUCAAAAGCUCCAAACACGAUGAAAGCAAAAGAGAUUAAAUGCGAGAACAUGGAACCGACUGAGAGCUCCAGUGGACAGCAGUGGACCUUUGAUGCAUUCCUCACUGACACAUCUCUCAGAUUUAUGCAGAAGGAGAUUCACCAGUGUGUACAGUGUGGGAAAAGUUUCAGUCAGAAGAGUAAUCUUAACCAACAUCAGCGUAUCCACUCAGGUGAGAAGCCAUACCAGUGUUCACACUGCGGGAAGAGUUUCAGUCAGAAGAGUAACCUCAAGCAGCACGAGCGAAUCCAUUCGGGAGAGAAGCCAUAUCGCUGCUCAGACUGCGGGAUGAGCUUCACGCAAAGAAGUCAUCUCCAGCAGCACCAGCGCAUCCACACGGGAGAGAAGCCGUAUCACUGCUUGGAGUGCGGGAAGAGUUUUGGUGAUCAGAGUAAUCUGCAGCAGCACCAGCGCAUUCACACGGGAGAGAAGCCGUUUCAAUGCUCAGCCUGUGGCAUAAGUUUUACGCAAAAGGGGAAUCUCCAGAAGCACCUGCUCUUUCACACAGGAGAGAAACCCUUUCGCUGCUCGGAGUGCGGGAGGAGUUUUACACAGGGACAUGAGCUUCAAGCGCACCAACAUGUUCACACCGGGGAAAAGCCGUAUUACUGUUCGGCGUGUGGGAAAAGUUUUACUCGGCAUAGUAGCUUCCAGCGACACCAACAUGUUCACACAGGAGAGAAGCCGCAUCACUGCACAGUCUGUGGGAAGAGCUUUACUCGGCAUACGAAUUUACAGCGACACAAACUCCUUCACACAGCUGAGAUCGAGGACAUACUGCGUGUGCAAAUUAAUUAAGGCUAUAUACAUAUACAUAAUGUGUAUACUAAUAUAAAUCAUAGUUUUAUAUAGUUUGAAAAGUAACGAUUUACUAAAUGUGAACAUUCAUUACUCAAUGAAGGACAGCAGAAGUUUUAAGUACAAGGUGACACAAAAAAACGGGAACUUUUUUACAAUCCAAUAAAACUAGAAGUGAUAAAAGAAAUAAAUUUUAUUGCCCGUUCCACUGAUCCAUGAUUACUAAAAUGGCGGAGUGUUUACUUGCUAAAUGUCACUAACCUGCACUGCUACCACCUGUUAAUGGCUACCAAUCUGCAUUUUAAAAAAUUCCCGUUAUUCUGUAUCACUUUGUAUAUGAGUCCUAAUCAGUGUGUAGUUUAAAUACACUAAUCAGUCAUAAACAUUAUGACCAUCCUUGUGAUGUCGAGCUGGUCCCGCCUUUAUAUUAGAAUCCAUCAGUGGUAACCUUUUCAGUAAUUUGAUAUUUAGUAGCUCUUUUAUUGCAUCGCUCUACAUGGGACAGUCGUCACUCCCCAUGUGCAUCAGUGACCUAAGCUGGUUCAGUGGUUCCUUUUCCUCAAAACACUUUAUGUCUGGACCACUGCAGGUUGGAAACAUGACACAGGAGCUACAAUUUGGAGUUGCUCAAUUUUGCCCUUGUCACAUUAGCUACUGUAACAAUGUCUCAAUACAAUGGCACAUGGCUGUACAGUAGGUGGGAGAUAAAUUAGGCCGUUUAUAAGUGAACAUUUUGUUUUUGAACUUGAUGUGUUGGAAGCAAAAAAAAAAAAGGGGGCAAAUAUAAGGAUUUGAGUGACUUGUGACAAGGGCUGCAUUGUGAUGUCUAGACGUUUGGAUCAGAGCAACUCCAACUUUUCUGUGAGAUGUUCCCAGUCUGCAGUGCUCAGUAUUCGGCAAGUGGUCAUAAUGUUAUCGCUGAUCAUUAAUAAUCUAAGAUGAUAUCCAAAUAUCAGUAUACAGUAAUGUGUGAUGUUUCACUUCACAUUAUACUUUUUGUAUUUUCACGCAUCCUGACAUUUUUUUAUAUAUUUAUAUUUGAAGUUGUAAAACACUGCAGUUUAUUAAUGAUCCCACAGGUAAGCUAUUCACACAUUGGCAGUCAUGGCAAGUUUGUUUAAAAUUGUAUUAAUAUGGGAUAUUAAUAAAAUAUCGUGAACGUGAUACUUACCGAACUGCAAUAUAAAUAUUAUCACUAUCUUAGGUAUUGUGCUAUUGUAUCAGGCAACCCCUAAUAGUUCCUGUCCGGGUUUUCGCUUAUUAUGAAAUUAGCGGGAAAUGCUGGCUGUUGUCUGCGUAGUUCUCUUCUCCAUUUUGAUGAUGAUAUGACCGCACAUCUAAUCGCAGUGUGAACUGAUUUCAUUUUAUGACAUGCCACACACCAAACUCAUGAUCAAAUCAUAAAUUGCACUGUUUGUACGUUAAAACUUUUACAAGAUAUUCGAGAAAGAUGAUUAGAUGUCUCAACAUUGUUUUACUAAGACAUAAUUGUGAGAGUAUAAUAUAAUACAGUAUGCAUUUCUGAAUUUUUUACUGCAGAAGUGGAUUAUCCUUUUUUUUUUUAUCCAGCCCAAUAUUCACGAAUCUACUUGGGAGGUAUUAAAGGUAUGUUUCAGGUGUAUGUUGAGAUUUCAGUGUCACGCAGCUCUGGAAUGAUCAUGGCUUUGAGCCAUAUUAUUCUGUUGGACCUUUUUUGUAGGUCUGAGUUGUCAGAGAGAGAAUGAGAGAACAUGAGGUCAGAACAUUUGAGCAUCAGAGUGGGUAAGAAUGGGCAGGAAGAUAAUAAUAAUAAAAGAUGAUUAGUAGUAUUUACACAUAGAAAAAGACAUCUGAAGGACAACAAAACAAAAUACAGAUAAACAUGAAAACCGGUAGGAUUGAUCUAAACACAUAUUUAAAGUUUGGGAAGGGGCAAGAGAAAAGAUAUGUUUUAAGGUGGGUUUUGAAAUCCUGUAGUGAAGAAAGAUCAUGGAUGUGUUUGGGAAUAGAAUUCCAGAGUGUAGGGGCAGAAAUACUAAAUGCUUCCCCUCCAAAUAAUGCUAGUCUAUGGCGAGAAAUUAACAGUAGACCAUCAUCUGCAGAUCGGAGUGUGCGAACAGGGGAGUAAGUAUGAAUAAGUCUUGAAAUAUAAAGGGGGCAAGACCAUGGAAUGCUUUGAAGGUGAUGAGAAGAAUAUUGUAUUGAAUGCAGGAGCGAACAGGUAGCCAAUGAAGUUUGUGUAGGAUGGAAGUGAUGUGUGAGGAUUUCUUUGAAUAAGUGAGGACCCUAGCAGCAGAGUUCUGAAUGUAUUGGAGCUUAUUUAAUGUUGUAUUUGGUAGACCAUAUAAAAGAGAAUUACAGUAGUCAAGUCGAGAAGUAAUGAAAGCGUAACCCAGUGUCUCAGCAUUCUUGAUGUCUAAGAAGGGCCGUAGACGAGCUAUAUUACGGAGGUGAUAGAAAUGUGAGGUAGAAAGGAAAGAUGGGAGUCAAAAAUUAUACCCAGAUUUUUUAUGGUGGUGGAAGGUCUAACCAAGGUCCCGGAAAUGUUAACAGUAUCAGUACAGAGAGAAACAACGUUUUUAGGUGAACCAACAAGUAAAAAAUCUGUUUUAUCAGUAUUGAGCUUGAGAAGGUUAUCAACACAUUUAUGUCAUCAACACAAGCAGAAACAGAGUUAGUGGGAAAGGGAUGGUAGUGUCGAAAACUGAUAUAAACUUGAGUGUCGGCUACAUAACAGUGGAAAUUGAAACCAUGACGGCGGAUGAUUUUACCUAGAGGAAACAUGAAGAUGGCCAGGGGUAGCUCAGUGGUUAAGGCAUUGGACAACGGUUUGGAAGAUCCCAGGUUCAAACCCCACAACCACCAAGUUGCCACUGUUGGGCCCUUGAGCAAGGCCCAUAACCCUUAACUGCUCAGAUGUAUAAUGAGAUAAAAAUGUAAGUCGCUCUGGAUAAGAGCGACUGCCAAAUGCCCAAAUGUAAAUGUAGAUGAUAAACAGUAGUGGGCCAAGAACAGAACCCUGCGGAAUACCAUGAGAAACAGAAGCGGUAGAGGAUUUAGACUGGCGGAUAGUAAUAUAGUGUUGAUGGUCAGACGGAUAAGAAGCGAACCAGGAUAAGCCAUUCCAGAAAUACCAAGAGCAGAGAGUCGUGAAAUGAGAAUACUGUGUGAGAGAAUAUCAAAU